UAAAAAUGGUACUCCAGCCGGUUUUUUAUUAUUUUUUUUUAAUAUCACUUUGACAAUUGCACUAUUCACAUACUCCCUCCGUAUUUUUUUAAGUAUUACACUUACCAAAUUCGGCUGUGUAUUAAUAAGUGUUACACUUUCUUUUUUGGCAAAAAGCUAUAUUAAAAUAUUAUAUCUCUCUCCUUUUAUGGUCCUCACCCAAACCCACUAAUAUUUUUUAUAUUAUAUCUCUCCUCUCACAUUCAUUACUUUUAAAUAAACUAUUAACCCUACUAUCUUUCUUUUACAAUUUUUUAUUACUUCAACUACCCCACUUACCUCUUAUUUUAUUUAAGUCAAUUAAAUUGCCUAAAACUAUGUGCCAGUCGAGUAUCAUGGUUGACUUAAGUUUUUCACCUCUAAUAAAUAAAUAAAUAAAUGUUAUUAUAUAAUGGAAAAUGCUCUAUAUAGCCCUUAGGGCUACAUAUAAACAUUAAAUAUACUCUUAAAACUAUUUAAAUUUAGAAAAUCAUUACAAUUCACACUAAUUACACUGAUCUACGCGUGUUUUUGUCAUGAAUUCCUAAUUUUAUACAAUUUUCACGAGUGUUUUUAAUGCUUAUAUUAUAACCCUAAGGACUAUGUAUAACAUUACCCUUAUAUAAUAUAUCAUUGGAUUUUUCAUAAUGUCUAGGUUCGUAAUAUAAUUUUGUUAUAAUUUUUACUAUACACAAUUAAAGAUAUUAAUGGUCAAAGUAACGUCUCGGCAAAUAUACUGGCCUAAUUGAUGCAUAAAAAAAAUAUAAAUAAAAAAAAAAAAAAAAAACCAGAGGGAGUAUUUUGCAUUGUAUCACUUGAUAAUAAUGGCACAUUUUUUAUGCUCUUGCUAAUUUUGCCUUUUUAAAAUAAACUUCUAAAUUCUAAUGGAGGUUUUAAAGCCUUUUCAAAAUUUAAAAUCUUUUAACACCCCCUUCCUCAUACAACGUCGUUUAAGAUGAGAAUUGUUCUCAAAGAAAAGAGAAUCAAAUAUAGUAACGUUUCUUCCCGGGCAAGUAACAAAGUUUUGCACAGCUCUCACUCAACUAAUUUCUUUAACAAUCAAACUCACAAAAACAGAAACAAAACACAAAGAUAAAGAAUCUCUUUCUACAUACCCCUAAACAAUUCCUUCCCUAUUUUCCUGUCUAAUGUACAAUCACAUAUAUAAUCUAAAUUUGUGAUACCCCAAAUGUUACACUUACCAACUUAAUCACGUAUCACAUUUUUUUUUUAAAGCAAAUGUCUUUGAGUCCUCUUUCAACUCGACCUGACUCGACUCAAAAUUUUAAUUCUUAUUGGUGCUACCAAUGUAGACGGAUUGUCCGGAUCUCCUCGGACAACCCGUCGGAAAUUGUUUGUCCGCGAUGUUUUGGUCAGUUUGUGUGUGAGAUGGAAAUCCCUAGGCCAAGACUAGUUUUUAAUUUUACAUAUGACGACCCGUCCCCUCAAGCCCGUCUCCUUGAAGCCUUGGCCCUUAUGCUAGACCCGCCACUGAGGUUACGAAACCGUGAGCCCAAUAACCCAUGGGCCGUCCCACGACGACAGUCUAGUAGGGAUGUAGUACUUGAAGGGCCUACUUCUGAACGGCCUAGAUGGGUUCAAGUCCCACGGCCUUCGAACCGUAGGGAUGACUGGGAUAUUCAGCCGGGGUUACGUCCCAGGCCAAGGUGGGUCAUUGUUAGGCCCACGGGCCUGCCACCCGGGUCAACAGGCCCGGUUUCCAGGCCCGAGACCUUACCCCCCUUUAUUGAGUCUGAUCCGGGAAACUACUUCCUUGGACCAGGCUUACAACAGCUGAUUGAAGAACUGACAGAGAACGACCUCCAGGGACCACCACCAGCACCGGAUAACGCGAUCGAGGCGGUCCCAAUGGUGAAGCUGACUGCAGAGCAUGUGAAAGAAGGUGGGUCAGAGUGUCCUGUUUGUAAAGAGGAGUUUGAAAUAGGGACUGAAGUAAAAGAGUUACCAUGCAAACAUGUUUACCAUUCUGACUGCAUUGUACCUUGGUUAAGGCUGCACAACUCCUGUCCUGUUUGUCGAACCGAGCUACCGACAUUGCCUCAAUGUGAAGAUGCAGGAGGAGGACUUGAAUCAGAAAGUUCAAGUAUUGAUAUUAGUAGGCCUCGUAGAUGCUUGAAUUGGAACCGGUUGAGCUCGAUUUGGCCCUUUCGUUCUCGAUAUUCAAGGAUUAGCCCUCAUGAUGAUCGUAAUCCUAGGUUGCCAACCAGAGCUGGUCGAUCAAGGAGGCCAUUCUGCCCUAUUCUUUAGGAUUGCUGUUGCUGCUAUCAUUGUACGCUAUCUGGACAUUUUUAUUUCCUAAUCAUUGAUAUCUAGCUAAUGCCUGCGAGUUCAAAUUAUCGACGAUGAUGAUGAGGCGUAUCUUAUGACAUUCGUUCAUUAUGCUAUUGAAGCACCCAUACUAUCAUGUCAUAUGUUUAUGUAUCAGUGAGUCAAUGUAUGCAACCAAAAAACAAAUUGAAAAAGACAAGAAAUAAACUCAGGAAGAUAAAUAGUCUAUCAACCUGGUGGUUAUGAUGUACUUCAAUUCUGUAACAAUAUUUUGUAAUCACAAAAUCUCUAUAAAAAUCAAUUAAAACCAUAAACAUGGCUCUUUGUAAGAUACCAGUUGAAAUAUGAAGUACUCCCUCUGUUUUUAAAUACUAGUUCCAUUUCCUUAUUUGAAAAGUAUUUACAAUAUUUAAUUAAUUUCUCUCA